CUUGUUCCCAACGAUGCCCCCUCUUCCUCCACGAGCAUGAAGAGAUCAUAUUAUGCUGAAGAGCCAGCAGAUUGAUGCCACCUCAGUUUCUCCAAGACUUUGCAGCUCCAAUGCAGCAAGCAUCACUUUUGCUCUUUAUCAGCGUCGCGGUAGCUUCACUUCUUGUUGGUUUUGCACUCAUGGUGUUUUGCUGGAGGUGCAGGAAGCAGAAGGGGUCGUUGUGGAAGAUUGCCAACUCCACCAAAGGCCCCAUUUUUCCUGAUUCCUUCAGUGGCAAUCUUCGGAUGGUUUCUUACUUCAGUUAUCGAACUCUGAAGAAAGCAACAAAGGAUUUCCACCCGAAGAAUCAACUAGGCGGAGGUGGAUUUGGUCCAGUCUAUAAGGGAGUGUUAGAUGAUGGAAGGAUCAUUGCGGUGAAGCAACUAAGUGUUGGAAAAUCUCAGCAAGGUGAGUCGGAGUUCCUUGCAGAGGUCAGAAUGUUGACGAGCAUCCAACACAAGAAUCUAGUUUGCCUCGUUGGGUGCUGCUCGGAAGGCUCAGAGCGCCUGCUCGUCUAUGAGUACAUGACCAAUGGAAGCUUGAACAAGAUCAUAUCUGGUCAUGGUGAUCAAAUAGGAAAGAGUGGGAAAUCUCUAGACUGGAAGACGCGAUUUGAAAUCAUUGUCGGAGUAGCGCGGGGAUUGCAGUACCUGCAUGAGGACUCCAACUUGAGGAUUGUUCAUAGAGAUAUCAAGGCCAGCAACAUCCUCCUAGAUGAGAAAUUUCAGCCUAAGAUCAGCGACUUCGGUCUGGCCAAGUUCUUCCCAGAGGAUCAAACUUAUCUCAGCACAAGAUUUGCAGGAACUCUAGGGUAUUGUGCACCUGAAUAUGCUCUGCGAGGUGAGCUUUCGGCAAAAGCCGACAUCUACAGCUUCGGUGUUCUUGUGCUGGAGAUCAUCAGUUGCAGGACCAACACGGAUCUUUCUCUUCCAAUUGAGAUGCAAUACCUUCCAGAAUAUACAUGGAAGCUCUAUGAAAGAUCAAAGGUGAGGGAAAUAGUGGAUCCAAAAUUACUAGAUGAAGGAACAGUGGAGAAAGAAGUGUUGCAGGUGUGCCAAGUUGCUCUGCUGUGCCUUCAGCUACACCCAGACUUGAGGCCUCCAAUGUCUGACAUAGUGGCCAUGCUGACUUGUAGGGCUCAGAUAUCUUCUACUCCUGUAAAACCAACAUUUUUGGAGAGGAGGGCAAGGGUUAGCAUCAGGCCUCAAUCACCCUAGUUUGUUCAUGUCAGACACCCAGUAAACAUUAAUAUGGCAAUUGCAGAACAGUGGGAAGUUAACUAGUUAUAUGUUUCAGAUUUGUGUAGCAACUGUAAGGCUGAAUCUUUCAAGUUAGAAGCUUUACAAGUUAAAUAAAGAUAAUGCUGCAGCAAUGUAUGUUUUGAAUAAUUCUCCAUGUUGCAAGUGGCUUUUUAUCAAUCAAGUCUGUAAAACCUAAGAUGAGCUUGACAAAUCUCAUACUCCUGGUUUUGCAUAGAAGUUCAUCACAUUGUAGCGAAUUGUGAAUCGAAACAAGCACUACUGAUGAUCAGCAAGCUCACACCAUCAAAGCAUUUCUAGACAUUCAAAAGAAGUUGCAUCAAGCCAUCUUCCAACAUUUCCAUCAAUCUUGCCCAUUACUGCUAAAUAAAGCUGAUCUAUGCAGACCAAAUUUGAGGCUUUUGGAUGCUCUCGACAGCUGAAGAACUCUUCGCUCCAGUCAUGAUCCUCUUUACAGAGCUUCCUCAGUUGAAGUCUCAUCAUUAACUAAAUCACCAACCUCGCCAUCAUAGGAAGAAGCCUUUGAUUUCUUCUUCUUCUCUUCUUAGUAUGAUUUUCACUCGUAAACUCAACCUGAUCGGUUCUGACAGAAUGGUAUCAUUCGCACCCUCUGAUCCACCAUUUUCCAAAGUACUCAGAUCGCGGUAUCAUCUUCUAAAGCUUU